GGCAGAAAGUCUGAGAUGCUGUAACAUCCUCAACGAUGGACUCUGGGGGAAGGAGUUCAAGAAUGUGGACGGGGAGGAGUACCAGGCCGACAUGUCCACCUUGGCCUCGCAGGCCUCCCUGGGCACCCCCGACGUCUACAUCCUGCCCCUCACCGAGGUGUCGCUGCCGGUCGCUAAGCAACCAGCUCGAUCAGUCCAUCUCCUGAAGUCCACAGACCUGAGCCGCCACAGUCUCCUCUACCUGAACGAGAUCGGGGAUGGCUGGUUUGGGAAGGUUCUGCUGGGGGAGGUGAACUCAGGCCUGAGCAGCACUGAGGUGGUCGUGAAGGAACUCAAGUCCAGUGCCAGUGUGCAGGAGCAGAUGCACUUCCUGGAGGAGGCGCAGCCUUUUCGCGUCCUGCAGCAUCCUGCUCUGCUGCAGUGUCUGGCCCAGUGCACCGAGGUCACGCCCUACCUGCUGGUGAUGGAGUUCUGUCCACUGGGGGAUGUGAAGAGUUACCUCCGCAGCUGCAGGGCUGCAGAGGCCAUGACCCCGGAGCCCUUGAUUCUGCAGCGGAUGGCCUGUGACAUCGCCUCAGGACUCCUGCAUCUGCACAAACACAACUUCGCUCACAGUGACCUGGCGCUGAGGAACUGCUUGUUAACCGCUGAUGUCUCAGUGAAGAUCGGAGACUACGGCCUGUCCCACAACAAGUACAAGGAUGAUUACUACCUGACGUCAGAUCAGAUGUUCCUGCCGCUGCGCUGGAUCGCUCCAGAGCUCGUGGACGAGGUGCAUGGAAACCUGCUGGUGGCAGACAACACCCAGCAGAGCAACAUCUGGUCUCUGGGUGUGACCAUCUGGGAGCUGCUGGAGUUGGGGAACCAGCCGUACAGACACUACUCCGACAGACAGGUGCUCACCUACGCUGUGAGGGAGCAGCAGCUGCGACUUCCCAAACCGCUGCUCCAGGUGCCGCUGGCUGAGCGCUGGUUUGAAGUGAUGCAGUUCUGCUGGCUCCAGCCGGAUCAGAGACCCAAUGCAGAGGAAGUCCACCUGCUGCUCAGCUACCUGUGUGCCAAGGGGGCCAGCGAGGCGGAGGAGGACUUCGACAGGCGCUGGAACUCGCUGUGUCCCAACAUUGGAUUCAACAGCCACCACGGUGCCUCUGCAAUGUCACAGGACCACCCUUCGUCCACCACCUCCUCCUUCCCUCUCCUCCAGCAGUUUUCAGCAGGCGACGGCUACCACUCCGAGUCUGGGGACGACAUCCUAACAGUCACAGAAACCAGCCAUGGCCUGAACUUUGAGUACAAGUGGGAGCAGGCCAGGGCCGACCAGUCCUAUAGAGCCCAGGACUCCUCCAGUGCCCUGGGUCAGGUCAACCAUCAUUGCCAGGAAGCAUUUUAUCCACCAGGGGGCAUCGUUGGAGGCUGCCCUAUGGAGAGCCUCAGCCACGCAGUUUCUCCUUACUACCAAUCGAAACAUCUCCACGCUCCGGGUGUUCUCCCCGUCCUCAGUGCCCACAGCCCCUCAGUAAGCAAUGAAUACUACAUCCGCAUUGAAGAGCCGGUGGACUGUAACAUCGAUCUGGACUAUACCAUGUGCUCCUACAGCCCAGAGUACCAGGGCAGCAGUGGGAGCUUCCUUACUGGGAGCGCAGACUCAGGCGAGUGCAUGGCCUGUCCAUCACAAGCACAGAACAUGGGCAUGGCUCCCUAUUGGGCAGCAGACAUCGAUAAGUCAGAUGUGUUUGACUCCAACGACUCGAGUCCGGCCAUCUCCCUGACGAUGGAGCCGCUCUUAGGACGAGUGUCGCAGGACAGCCCCCUACGACCCUGGGAGUCCAGUCACUAUGUGUCCUAUAAAGACAGAGAUGGAGGUUACUACUAUGAGCACUCGCCACCUUUGGGAAUCGGCCACUAUCUGAUUGGAAGUGACCACUCCAGUGAGCACCAUCAGGAAAGCUGGGGGUCGAGGAGCUUGCGUCAGGCCCUGGGCGAGUUGGAGAACCCGCUGGGUGUCACCCGCCCUGUGACCAGUCCACCUCAACAGGCCUACAGAGAUCCAUACCUGGACACAAGUCAGACCUCCAUCAUCGGAAAGAACGUGACCGGGGGUUACUACGACAUGAUGGGCUCGCUCAGGAAGACUAUGCCCAGCCACACGAGGCACAGCAGCCACUCGGUCAGUAUCGACAUGGAGACAGAGGGGGCGCUCUUCAUCGGGCACAGAGACAGCGAUUCAGAAGAAGAAGAGGAGGAGGAUAUAUUUGUUGAGAGACACACCUGCAACACCUGGCCUUCGAAACACCGCCACAGCAGCGCGGGUCACCACAGACGGGCGAGCUGUAGACAGGACGCUUAUGUGGAUUUCCACUACACCAUGCCAAGUACAGACAUUGAGGACUCCUGGCCAGAGGAGAGCAGCCUGGCCUUCCACUCUCUCCCCAAACCUAUCGACUACCUGGAGCCGCAACAGGCCAAAGACAACAGUGCCUGCCUCAGUCUGAGCAAACACCACGCGAUGGUGCCUUCAGACAACUGCAACACCUACAUCUACCUGUGCCACGAGGGCGACGCCCAGGGGCCGGCGGCUGGAGAGUGCUGCCACUCACACUUUGUCGACCCACUCACAGGUUUGCUCGUCAGAAACAACAGCUACAGUCACAGCAGCUACGUCCGAGAUAAGAUCGUUGACCCCCCAUGCAACGAGGAGAUGAUCAAUCUCUCCCCGGCUCCAGGGGGUCCCAUCGUGGCCAAACCCACCAUGAUAAAGACUGAGGAGCGUGGAGAGCAGUACAUUGACCUGACCGCUAAUGGCUCCCCACUCAAAGAGAAGAGAGAGGAUGUCAUCAAGGAAAACCUAAUCAUGCAAAAACCCACAGAACCUAAAAUAGAAGAGGUGACGCUGACAAUGACGAUUCCUCCGCCUCCUGCCGACAACAUGCACGUGAUGGUGGUCCUCACAGAUCCGGAGUCCGACUCGAGUCCCACUGGAGACAGCGGUGUGGACCAAGGCAGCUCCAGCGCUUGUCUCGCUGACAUCCUGGAUUGCAGCGAUGAUGACGAGGAGGAGGAGGAGGACAUCACAGAGGAUAUCACCGACGUCACCUCAGGCAUCUUCGCUGACGAGUCCAGUGAGCUGAACGCUUCUCCUGCCUUCAAGUCUCUGCAGAAGCAGGUAGGAACUCCUGAUUCCAUGGAUUCCAUGGACCUACCAUCUGCAGCGGGGUCCUGUGAAGGCUUCAGCCCCGGCUCCUCCCACCCGUCCAGCUCCCCUAAAGCUAUGGACAGUGGCUACGACACAGAAAACAACGAGAGCCCAGAGUUUGUCCCCAAAGAGCCUCAUGAACCCCGAGAACAACCUCUGGCCAAGCCGACCCUCGAUACAAGCCUGGAGGAGGACGAGGAGCUGGAGGAGGCCAAGGAGGUAGAACCAUCACUGGGUGAAGAUGAGGCCUCAGGAGCUUCUCACACGGGCGACCACAUCUUCUCACCACUAAGCGAUGAAACCCCGUACAGAGACUCAGCGUACUUCUCAGACUAUGAGAGUGAGAGGCAGUCCAGGGAUGAAGGAGAAGAAUCAUCAUCAUCGACAGGAAGAGAUGAACAAAGAAUAGAAGAGAAGAAGGGAGAGAAAAGGAAGAGUGAGGAUGAGGAAGAACUUGAAGACGCUGCAGCAAACAAAGACAUUAAAGUUGAAGUGAAGCUCAUAUCAACAGAAGGAACCGAAGGCUCUUGUCCACCAGAGAUGGAGGAACACCUGAGAGAGGAUUGUGGAGAUGAGGAGUGGGGACUUCCUCUGGAGCCCAGUGUGUCUGUAGAGGGAGGACUGGAUGAAUGGCCGUCCCAGGAGGAGAACUCGUCUCUCGGGGACUGGGCAGCGGAGGUGGUGGGGGCCAUGGAAGAGGCCCUGGGGUUCCUGAAUGGAGAGAGUUCACACAACGUAGAGUGUGAAGGAGAAAGUGAGGAGGACGACUCAGAACCAACAGAAGAGCCAGGGAUCCAGACCAUUCAGACCAGGACACCCGGUGAAACCCUGCAGCUCACGGCAAACACCCGGCGGUUCUCCACCUCCUCUCCUCCACCUCCGUCCACCCCUCCACCUCCGCUCCCUCCAGCCGACGGGGGGGAGGCGGACGAGGAGGGCGGAGACACCGACGACAGCGACGAGUCCGAUGAGGAGCUGCGAUCCUACAGCAUGCGGGAGCAGAGCUGCGAGGAGGAGAGCGAGGAGGAGAUCCACCCGGUGCCCGUCGUGCUGAGCGACGACAGCCAAGCCCACAAGCUGCGCAGCCUCCUCAAGAUGCCAACGCUGCUCCCAGAGGAGAACCUGCAGGAGGCGCUGGAGCGCACCAAGAAGACCGUCUCCUUUUUUGACGAUGUCACCGUCUACCUGUUCGAUCAAGAAAGUCCGACUAAAGAGCUGAGUGAGCAGAGCUUCCCUGUGGGAGCCGAGGGUCAAAGGUCACUCAGCAAAUCCAAAGAGAGAGUCCCCGCCUCCGACGACUCCUCUGACGGGAACAUCUCAGAAGAGAGUGCAGGCUACGAGUGGGAGGACGACUUCCCCCUCCUGCCCCUCCCUACGUCCUCAGGAGCCUCCGACUCUCCGCCCCCCCGCUCCGUCCCCACAGCCCCGGACGCCAAACCGGCCGUUCAGUUCUCCCGCUUCACCGUCUCCCCCUCCAGCGUGUCCCGCUUCUCCAUCACUCACAUCACGGACUCGGACAUGGACUCAGCAGGAGGAAGCAGCGAGGACGGAGACAGAGACUAACGAGCUGUGGAUUUUUACCGCCUCUCUUUGACGCCAGUUUGGCUUCUAGCAUGACUUCUGAAUUAUCUCAUCAGGUUUCAGAAACGAGACAGUGCCUCUCACCCUGUGGACACUUUGGAAAAGUCUUACCACAGUGCAGGACUGACCUACACUUAAAGAUAUCAUUAAUAUAUAACAUUUUUACAGAAUAUUAAUAUAUACUGGAUGUAAAGAAUCUUUUAAAGCAGGGGACAUUUGUUUGUUGAUUUUUUUCUGAUUAAAAGACAAUUGGAAGGCGUUUGGAAAUAAAUCACGUUCACCACUUGGUUCACUUCUUAAUUUGUAAUAGGGAGUAAUGCUGAGAGCCUAGCGCCCCCUGGAGGAGACGUGUUCAUCUGUCACAGAGUUUGGGGCUUUUUGACGAAGGAUCAGCAUUUUGAACGCGACUGUACAGCUCCACUGACUUUUAUCAGAAACUGCUUCACUUGUCUUAAUGAACAUGAACGAGAAUCUCUGAGGUAUCACAAGUAAUAUAAUGUUAAUAUUUGGAUUCAUGCAGUCGAAGGUCACACGCAGGAAUCUGAACGGCUCCUGUUCGAAUGUUAUUUUGUGGAAACAGACGAGCGAACGUGGACAACCCGAUAUCUUCUCUUCUUAUUUUUUAUAAUAGAAAUCACUGCAGUGCUGUUGUACAUGAUUAUGUGGCUCAGUCUCUCUCAGCAGCACCUUCACAACCAAACGGUUUUAAAUCAGGCACAAUGUCGCCAUAGUAACAAGAAGUGAAGGGAAUAGUUUUCAAAUAUAGCAAUGCAUGGUUUCAAGUAGCUAGGAAACAUUACAAGUAUUUUUUGCAUUUGGAAUUGAGACAAAGACACAUGGUCACUGAAAUCCUUUCUCAUGUCGCAGCUCCAAAGAAAGAUCUUCACUAUCCGGACUGCAACUAAUAACAAGCCAGGCCAAUAGUGUGAGGAGACAUAGAUGAUUGCGUGUUGAUAUUAUUAAAUUAUUAAAUAUAUAAAUAUCUGUCUUUGUUAAUCCAGUAUAAUACGAGACCAAACAAAGAAACUUCAUCACAUUGAUGCAAAGAUCCUGUAAAUCCAACCUGGUCAGAAAAGCAGCGAUUUGCAGCAAUAUCCACAAACACUGGUGCAACCAGAGGAAUAAAAGGGAUCGAUGACAAAUGUAUGAUUCAUAAUCUCACUCAGCUCAAAAAGCCAUGAUAUCAAAACUCAAACCUGCCCAACAGUAUUCAAACAAAGCUAUUUUUCUCUGUGUUAGUCUGAACAAACAGAAUCUUUCAUAUUUAAAUCAGAACCUUAAAUUCUGAUAUUCGACAGCUUCAGCCCAUUUCCACCUUUGUAUCUGUUCUGAAUUGAAACACCCGACUUCACUGUUACUGACACAGCUGCUGUAUGUCGCCUGAUGGUAAACCGUUUCCUCUAAAUAAUAAUUAUUUGGUUUAUUUAAUUUUAAAAAGGACAAGUGCGAGCGCCACUCUGAAACAAAGAGUCACAGGAUGAAAUAUUAAAAAAGCUGUUUUCAUGUGACGGAUCAAUGUUCAAUGUGUCUGAUCAGCUGAUUGGAGGACGGAGGUCACGUCAUGCUUUCUGUGUGAACGCCCUGUGACCGACCGUGUUUGUUUGCCUCUUUAAUAUUCUGUACGUUAGCCGCAUAGAACCAGCUAGACUAUCUGUAAUAUUUUUGUAUUUCCACAAAUACUUUGGAGAGUAUUGAUGUGCUGUACCUGUGAUGGAGGGAGAGUAUAAAAUAAUGUCUGUUUAUUUUUGCCAAAGAGAAGCUGUGUUGUGGUUCAGGGGCGAGACCAGUUUGUGUGGUGGUGACAGACGAGGAAGAUCCAGCUGGUCUUUCAAAAAUAAUCGUGCAGGAGAAGUUUUGGUUUGGAUCACCGUCAGUAAUGUGUCCCCACACUGACCUGGACACAUCAUUACCUUCUGUACCUUCUAUCAAAUAUAAAUAAAGUCUGUUUUACACAUCUUA